AUGGCAGGCUUGCCACAAUCCGGCCAUGGGCCAGUACAGACGAGUGCGGUUGUUGUACUCGGAGCAUCUCAAUGCCCUGCGAUACCACCUCCAUCGCCUCCAACGCCCUCUGCUUCGCCGCCAGGCAACACAUUCUGCGAACCCAUUGAUCCAUUGAGCCUGGACCGAGAACUUCGGGGAGAAUGCCAGCUCAGGAAUCAACGGUUGCUGGAUGGGAUCCAUGUGCUAAACACAGAAGCCUUAGCAUUAAGGAGUCUCACACGGCUCUACGAGACAGACUCUGUCGCUCGUGAUGGGUUCAACCAAUCAGUGGAGGCCAUAACCCGACUGCAAGAGACAACAGGGAAGCUUGUCAUCAUCGGUGUCGGCAAGUCAGGGCAUAUAGGCCAAAAACUAGUCGCGACCUUCAAAAGCCUCGCCAUACAGGCUGUCUUUCUUCAUCCCACGGAAGCCCUACACGGAGAUCUGGGCAUCAUUGGACCCGAUGAUACCCUCAUGUUCAUCACAUACUCAGGCAAGACGCAGGAGCUCCUUCUCAUGCUGCCUCACCUGGAUGAAUCUCUUCCGGUUAUCCUUCUCACGUCUCAUACUUCCCACGAGACAUGCGAAUUCAUCAAACAUCGCCCCGACACGAUCCUCCUUCCGGCUCCAAUCCCUGAGCCCGAGAAGACUUCGUUCGGUGUCUCAGCACCUACCACGUCGACAACUGUUGCGCUAGCACUCGGUGAUGCGCUCGCGGUGGCAGCUUCCAAGGAAAUGCAUGCGAGUGUGGCAUCCGUCUUUGCGAGGAACCACCCAGGGGGUGCCAUCGGUGCUGCCGCUCGACAGCCUCGGACUAUCAAGGACAUCUCCAUCAGCUGGCGUGAUAUACCGGUAGCGCCUGAACUGGGUGACGAAAGCCCCGGAGUUGACCUACUCCGUGCCGGUUUCGACUCUCCGACCGGAUGGGUGAGGGUUCAAGAUCGGAUUGCUUCGCCAAGCACAAUACGGGGUAUCGACAAGCAUGAUCUCAGCAAGAGUCUCGGGGAACUCCCCGACGCUCUGGUAUCCAAGAUAUCAAUGCUCUCGCUCUACUCGGACACGACUAUCCGACAGGCGCAGGAUAUCUUGAAUAAUACGCAGUCGUCACCUCUCGACGAGGACCUUGCAUGUGGACCGGAGGCGAUUGUUGCAGUAAUGGAAAAUGGGGAGAUUUCUGGCGUCCUGGAGGUCGGCACAGUGUUGAAUCACAAGUGCUGA